AUGAGCCGUCCAGUCACCUACGUCUCUGUCUGGGACAAGGAAACCCGCCAAUACCCAGAAGCCACCGAACAAACCGUCUUCCUUAAGGACUCUCGCUUCCCAAUGGAAACCGUCGAACGUGUUUACUUCGAGGAAACCGGAAUGAAGCUCGCCGUCACCGGAAGCAUCCGU